AAUUAUUUAAAACUAAAUUAAAAUGAGUGGCAUCUUUACCGCAACUAUGUUAUUUGUCUUGACCUUCAAGAAGUCAGAAUCUAUUACUUAUGGCAGGGAGUACUGGUACGAAGACGCACGUAUGACCCUGCAGAGCAGAGUAUCGGGAAGUGCGGACGCUCGAACAAGAAGCGCUCGGAGUGUGGUGCUGCUGGUAGGUGACGGCAUGGGGUUGUCUUCCAUCACGGCUGCUAGAAUAUUGAAGGGCCAACGACUUGGCCAGCUAGGAGAAGACACAAAUCUAGCUUGGGACAAGUUUCCAGCAACAGCCUUGGCCAAGACAUACAAUUUGGACGGCCAAGUGGGGGAGUCUUCAGCGUGUGCCACCGCCCUUAUGUGUGGAGUUAAGGCUAACCUAGAAACUGUUGGACUCGAUGGCGGAGGAAAGUUUGACAACUGUUUUUCAAGUCUCACUUCCAGAGUAGAAUCACUGCUAGAUUGGGCUCAUCGUGCAGGGAAAGCGACGGGUAUAGUCACCAACACACGGCUCACUCAUGCCACGGCGGCUGCUCUGUACGCUCAUUCUGCAAGUCGCUAUUGGGAGGACGAUUCUAAAGUACCUCCUGAGUCAAGAGCUGCGUGCAAGGAUAUCGCAAGGCAACUCGUAGAGAACUCACCAGGCAACAAUAUCACGGUACUGUUGGGAGGAGGCCGGCGUCAUUGGUUGCCCAAAGGGACAAGGGAUCCUGAGCAAACGGAAGAGGAGGGACGUCGGCUUGAUGGUAGAAACCUUGUUGAAGAUUGGAUCAGAGAUUCAAAGAAAAGAGGUCUUAAAGCGGAAUACGUUGAAACCAGGGAGAGGCUAGAAAACGUAGAUCGAAUGUCAGUGGACAGAUUACUAGGUCUGUUUGCUUACUCACAUAUGGAGUUUGAGGCUGACAGAGACACUUCUCCUUCCGGUGAUCCUUCCUUAUCAGACAUGGCGGAAGCUGCUGUCUCCAUCCUCCAGAGAAACAACAAGGGGUUCUUCCUAUUCGUUGAAAGUGGCAGAAUCGAUCACGCCCAUCACUACAACAAUGCGUAUAGGGCUCUGGAUGAAACACUCGUGCUCGAAAACGUUCUUCUCAAACUGCUGGCCCUCGUAGACCUCACAGAAACUCUCUUUGUAGUUACGUCAGAUCAUUCAAACGUCAUGACGUUUGGUGGACUUUCUACCCCAAGAGGAAAUCCUAUUCUAGGAGCAGACACGAAGGUUUCUGACGUUGACGGGUUGGCAUACUCUACCCUCCUGUAUGGAAACGGUCCAGGAUUCUCCAGGCCUCGUGUGGUACCUACCAACCAGACCAGCGUGACAGAGGAGAGGAACGUGGUCCACGGGGCUGCUGCACCUCGCCAAUGGGCGACCCACGGUGCAGAGGACGUUCCUAUAUACGCCCAAGGACCACUAGCCAGCGUUGUGUUCAAGGGUGUGGUCGAACAGAGCUACGUACCCCACGCCAUAGCUUACGUGCUGUGUCUGGGCGAAUACUCCAAGCGGUGCAAAACCCUAAACCAAACCAGCAUUAGACAGCCUCAGGCUUGCAUCACCCAAGAUUCGUCUGGAGGUCAACCUAGAGGGGGCAAAGCCCUCGCCAGCAGUCAAGGCAUGUUACCGGACUCAUCGGCUAAGACACUUUCCACCCUUUGGACAUCCCUCCUUUUAGGAUUCCAGUUCGUGUUCCUAUUUACAGGACAGACAAUAGGACAUUUCAGAUGAUCAUAUUUCAGUUACAUCUAAGAUUUGUAUAUAUAAUGUAAAAUUGUAUAUAUAGUGAAUUAUAUUAAUUUUACUACGA